AUGUGGGACCUCGAAGGCUUUAUGACGCUGAGAGACGCUGCGCAGCUGAAGAAAGACAACGGUAUUCAAUCUGCCCGCCUUUAUGGCAACGUGGUGUCAUAUCAGUACUACUACAUUGACAUUUUAGUGGGCACUCCACUGCCACAACGUGCUUCCGUCAUCGCAGAUACAGGAAGCACCAUUUGCGCGUUCACCUGCACGGGUUGCCAAAGUUGCGGCCAUCAUUUAGAUGCAAACUUCGAUUUUUCGCUCUCCACCAGUGCGCAGUGGAUGCCUUGUGACAAGACGUGUUCCACCUGCAGGCACAACAAGUGUGCUUAUCGGCAGUCCUAUACCGAAGGAAGCUCUAUUGAGGGUAUUCGCUUCACUGACUAUGUCUCUUUGGGUGACGAGUUUCAGCAGAACCCUGCAGUGAAGGUGCACAUGGGUUGCCACACGCGGGAGACCCGACUUUUCGUUACUCAGAAGGCCAAUGGCAUUAUGGGUCUUGCGCCAUCAUCAAGCUCUCCAACCAUCCUUCAGGAGAUUUUCAAGGACCGUGCGCAUGUGAAUGCUGCCAUUUUCUCCAUGUGCCUUGCUCCAGAGGGAGGUCUGCUAACAGUGGGUGGCUACAAUGCAUCUCUCGCAGCACAUGUGGACUGGAUUCCUAUGAGGCCUCAGCAAUUUUAUGGCAUCACUCUUUCGAAGCUAGCAGUGGAAGGUGGCAUAGAGUUAGGCACAGGCUUUGGACGCACCUUCGUCGACUCUGGCACGACCUACACGUACCUUCCAAAUUCACUCUACCGGCAACUACGGGAUUCAGUCAAGGCUGUUUGCGAACAGAAAUGUGGGCAACCUGCUGGCAAUACCUGUUGGAAGGUAUCAGGAAGCCUCGAGGCCUUUCCCAGAAUUGUCUUCACCUUCUCCAAGAAUACGGUGAUGUUCUGGCCAGCAAGUUCCUAUCUCUACCGGAAAACGGGAGAUUUGCACUGCCUUGGCUUUGAAAGCAACGGUGCCGUGCCAGAGACAGUCCUCGGUGCCACCUUCAUGAUCAACCAGAUGGUAGUGUUCGACACACAAUCCUCGCGGCUCGGAUUGGCUCACAGCCAAUGCCCCAGCUUUACGCAGAGGCCAAAGCCGCCGCAAAGCGUGCGCUCAGGCAACGGGCUGAACACUCCACAUCAGAAAGGCAAACCCGCAGUUGCAGAAACUCUGUUUGCAGCUUUUUCCCUCCUUUUCGUGAUGCUUGGACUGUGCCUGGUUGCCCGAAAUCUUCUUCGCGCCUAUGGGCUAAGCCGCAGAGACAUGGAGAAAUCUGGAUCACCACGACGGGUACGUGCGAGGAAGCUCGGUCGCUCCAGCCCUGUGGAUGAAGAGAUGCAGAGCCUGGCGGCUGAUGAUACGUCUGAUGACAACGUCACCCGCGUGCCCUUGGAAGCCUGGCUGAGUGCCACGGGUGCUGAGAGUGAUUCACCUACUGCGGGCUCUGGGCCGUGCUUGUCAGAGCAGGAGGGCCGAUGA